AUGCUCUUCAUUAUGGUGUUGCAGCCUCGUGACAUGCUGGUGCCCGGGAUUGAUGGCGAUCACGACCAGGUCCGUCGGAAGUCAAUGCUGCAGCCUCUCGGUGUGAAGGCGGCUGUGGUCCUGCCAGAGCAUGCGUUGGAGUGCCAGCGUCACGAACCGUUUCAUCUUCCAGAGGACUUGCGCCGCUGCAAGAACCCUCAGUACGCCGGCGAGUUCGGUCGUGGACCAUGGACCAAGCAGUCAGUCAACAAACCCUUGGAGUAUGUUCACCUUUCCACUGCUUUGCGACCUGGCAAAGCCUGCAACACGCAAGGUCAUGUUUGUCGAGCGAUGAUGGAGGUGACUCCCGGGCAGAGCGGAGCGCAUCUGGAGCUGUUCGCCACCGGCAAGAUUGCCAAGGUACGUCGCCGGUUCGGAGAAGAGAGUUUGCAGGACAAAUACAUGUCCACACAGCUACAUGCCUUUGGAUUGCUUGAGGCAAGCCCGCAGCUCACUCCCAAGAUCCAGGCCUACAAUGUGACGUGGCAGCGAGUUUUGGGCGACCUCAACAAGGGCAACUGGAUGUACGCAACCGGUCAUUGGCGAACCAAGUAG